AUGGUGUGGGCUACAGAGCGCGUGGACGGUGGACCCGAAGCCACCAUCAAGUUCACUUAUGGGCAAGGAGAAUUGACAAUUAUCUCCGACGAAAAUGGAGAUGAUGUGGAGGUUUGGAGGCUUCGUGGAAAAUAUGGAGGAUGCAUGAACCUCUAUUCCUAUCCCAACGAAUAA